UUCAUUUAAAUGACUUUUUGUUUACAGAAAGUUCUUCAUAAAUUGUAAAAUUGUCAUUUUGAAACAUGGGUAACGGCGCUACAAGGUCGAGGAGAAAGAACAAAGUUCGUCAAAAUGCUUUGAUCGUGGGAAGCUUACAAGCAAAUGCUAACCGAACAAGAAAUACCACGGUUGCUAAAGAAACCAACAACACCGAAGGGGAGACUAAACCAUAUUCUUUAGUGGACAUGUAUGAAGUCAAUGACUCUCUUCUCCUCAAGGAUGCUGCUUCAGAGUUGUUUGUACCAUAUUAUAAAGCUUGGCUUAUCAGGGUAGAGGCUGACGAGCUCUGCUCAAUUUGUUCCAAAUUCACUGGCAAGAAAGUCUUUCCUUGUCGUGUUUGUACUCGAGUUUUUCAUGAAGGCUGCUUGCAGAAGAUACGAAAGCUAAACGAUAAAGAUUCAAGGGAAGCAUUCUUGCGGGCAGGAACUGACACCGGCUGGAGCUGCCACUACUGUGUAACUACUAUAGAUAAUUAUAUUUUAAUUGAAAACGAAAUCAGGAUCAAAGUUCGAAUAUUUAUGUCAUUAAAAGAUAUUUUUAGCAGACGUAGUAAUAUAAAUAUGAAUCCAUAUUUAUUUUUAUGUAAAAUCAUGUAUAUUACUACUGAUAAUGAAAAGCGUAAAUUAAGACCAUGGUUCAAAGGCGUCCCUCUUGCAAAAGGUCAUGUAAAUAAAGCUGCGCAAAAAAGUGAUUGUUUCAAAGUAGUGGUAAAACGGCCCUGGUUAAAAGGCGUCCCCUCGCAAAAGGCCCUGGUUCAAAGCUGUGUAAAAAGUCAUUGUUUCAAAGGGGGGUAA